AAGGAUACUCUUCUGAAAUUAUGAAUGCCAUAGAAGGAUAAAGCCUAUUCCUUAGCAAAGAGUAGAGAGUACAGUAUGUCCUACCUCUCCAGCGGCACCGAAUCUGGAAGAAAUAGAGGCUUGGGACAAAUACUGACAGCUUUGCAAAAGUUACUGUAAAACUAUCAGUGACACUGUGACAGAUUAAACAGUCGAAGGUAUUGGCAAUUGAGGACGACACUUCCUGCUGUCCAAAGAUGGAAAACAACAUAACUACUAUAUCUCGUGAAGAGCUUGAAGAACUAAGAGAAGCAUUUGGCAAAAUAGACAUUGACAACAGUGGGUAUGUCAGUGAUUAUGAACUUCAGGACCUGUUUAAAGAAGCAAGUCUGCCCUUACCUGGUUACAAAGUCCGGGAGAUCGUAGAAAAAAUCAUUUUAGUGACAGAUAGCAACAAGGAUGGGAGAAUCAACUUCGAAGAAUUUGUCUCUAUAAUUCAGGAAUUGAAAAGUAAAGAUGUCAGCAAAUCUUUCCGAAAAUCAAUAAACAAAAAGCAAGGUAUUACAGCGAUUGGAGGAACAUCAGCCAUCUCUAGUGAGGGGACACAGCACUCUUAUUCAGAGGAAGAAAAAGUUGCUUUUGUUAAUUGGAUAAAUAAAGCUCUACAAGAUGACCCAGACUGUAAGCACCUCCUCCCCAUGAACCCAUCAGAUGCCAGUCUGUUUAAAUCCCUUGCAGAUGGCAUCCUUCUUUGCAAAAUGAUUAAUUUUUCACAACCAGAUACAAUUGAUGAAAGGGCUAUUAAUAAGAAAAAACUGACUCCUUUCACUAUUUCUGAAAACCUAAACCUGGCUCUGAACUCAGCAUCUGCCAUUGGCUGUACGGUUGUCAAUAUUGGAUCACAAGAUUUGCAAGAAGGGAAGCCACACUUGGUAUUAGGACUCCUGUGGCAGAUCAUUAAAGUUGGUCUUUUUGCUGAUAUUGAGCUCUCCAGAAAUGAAGCUCUUAUUGCCUUGCUAAAUGAAGGGGAAGAACUAGAUCAGUUGAUGAAGCUUUCCCCAGAAGACCUCUUGCUGCGCUGGGUGAACUAUCAUCUGGCCAAUGCAGGGUGGCAGAAAAUCAGUAACUUCAGCCAAGACAUUAAGGAUUCAAGAGCAUACUACCAUCUGUUAAAUCAGAUUGCACCCAAAGGAGAUGACAUCGAUCAACUGCCCAUUAAAAUUGACUUUUCAGGAUUUCACGAUAAAAAUGACUUGAGGAGAGCUGAAUACAUGCUCCAGCAGGCAGAUAAAUUAGGCUGCAGGCAGUUUGUAACUCCAACUGAUGUGGUUGCAGGCAACCCUAAACUCAAUUUAGCUUUUGUUGCAAAUCUCUUUAACACCUAUCCAGCCCUACACAAGCCUGACAAUUCAUCUUAUGAUCUCAAUUUAUUAGAAGGAGAAAGUAAGGAAGAAAGGACUUUCAGAAACUGGAUGAAUUCACUGGGUGUAAGCCCAUAUGUUAACCAUUUAUACAGUGACCUUUCUGAUGCUUUAAUCAUCUUCCAAUUGUAUGAUAUGACUCGUGUGCCGGUUGACUGGAACCAUGUCAACAAACCUCCUUACUCACUGCUCGGUGGGAAUAUGAAAAAGAUUGAGAAUUGCAAUUAUGCAGUGGAACUUGGGAAGGCAAAAGCCAAAUUCUCACUGGUUGGUAUUGCUGGACACGAUCUAAAUGAGGGUAAUCCAACUCUGACUUUGGCUUUGGUAUGGCAGCUGAUGAGAAGGUAUACUUUGAACGUACUAUCAGACCUUGGAGAGGGGGAAAAAGUAAAUGAUGAAAUUAUUAUUAAGUGGGUGAAUCAGACACUUGCAAAAGCAGAUAAGAAAGCUUCAAUUACAAGUUUUAAGGACAAAUCAAUUAGCACUAGUUUACCUGUCCUAGAUCUAAUAGAUGCCAUUGCACCAAAAGCAGUUCGUCCAGAAAUGGUCAAGAGGGAAGACCUUUCUUACCAAGACAAAUUGAAUAAUGCCAAGUAUGCCAUUUCGGUUGCUCGAAAAAUUGGUGCUCGUAUUUAUGCUCUCCCAGAUGAUCUGGUUGAAGUGAAGCCAAAAAUGGUGAUGACAGUGUUUGCAUGUUUGAUGGGAAGAGGACUGAACAAAAUAAAAUAACGAAGACAUGUAAUAUAACUUUCUGCCAUGUUAAACACGAUGAAUGCCUCGCAGUUUACAGAGUUCUGAAGCUUAGUAUGAAAUGAGAAAAAGUGUAUGCACAAAUACACUCAUCAAUUACCAUUUAAUAAUGUGUUUAUAUUAGUUAAUUUUAUUCCAUUUCAUAACACAUGGAUUAUUUAUGGCUAAUACUGUUUUCAGAACCCAUUCAUUACCAAAUUAACAUCAUAGAUUUGUAUUGCUUGGAAAAAACCCCACCAUAUUAAUCAAGCUUCAUUUGUAUUAGUUUUCAUAGCGUUGUAAGAAUCUGCAUCGUUUUACAUAUGUUAUUUCAGGACCAGCUGCGAAACAUUGUUUGAUUUUUGUGGGUGUUACUUACACGUAGUC